AUGCAGGCCGCGCGCGCGUCCGACCCGAGCACGUCGACAGUCCUCGUGCUCGGCGCGACGAUCCUCGGCUCGGGCAUGCCAUCAGCGGCUCGUGCCCUGGCACGGUGUACGUCCAGCUCGGCGCGCAGAUCGCGUCGGCGCCCGCGUGCUUUGAUUGCCAAGUGGGAAAUGACCCGGUCCAAGAUCUCGUCGACGCUGCCCGUGAGCGCGCUCCUGCAGACGCUUCUCGGGUUUGGCUGCGUCGGGUUUUCGGUCGCCUUGGAGUUCAUUUUGCGGGAGCCGAUCGCGCCGUCGGCGUGGUACCCGUGCAUUGCUGGCGCGGUCGUCGGUGCGCUCCAGUUGCCGCUGGCGUUCCUCGUGCGCAAGUCCCUCGGUGUCUCGGCGGCCAUGAAGUACAUCCUCGGUGAGGCUGUCGCCGGCCUCUCGCACGUCGCCGGCAACCCGUCGUGGCUCUCGCUCCCGCGCUCGAGCGCGGCGCUGCAAGUGCUCUUUGCGCUCGGUAUUGUCGGCGGGUCGCUUAUCUCGGGGACGCCGCUCGAAGCCGCGGGUCCGAUGCCGUCGAUCAUUGGUGGCGCCAUGAUUGCGUUCGGUGCAAGCACCGCGUGCGGCUGCACGUCCGGCCACGGCUUCUCCGGCACGGCGAUGCUCAUGGCGUCGUCCUGGCUCGUCGUGCCGUUCAUCUUUGCUGGUGGCAUGGGCACGGCGGGCAUCAAGUACUUGCUCGGCCUGUAGAUCGCACUAUGAAGAAGUAGAACCUGU